UCUCUCUGCCUCUGUGCAUCUGUUUCUAUCUUCCCGUUCACGUGUCUAAAGUUCCCGCUCGAAACUUGGUUCUUUCUUCCUCGUGCCAUGACGACUCUCUAUCUUUCCACCUCAUCUGAUUCCAUAACAUCCCCAUCACAUUCCACAUUCCACUCUCUCUGAAACGAGAGAGACGUCGGCUGGUGAAUUAGAUUGGCCGACCUCGAUGUCACCUAGCAAUCGCUCGCAUUGAGCAUGGAGCGUCGCCGCACAACCGCCACCGGAACCAGCACUAUCACUACCACUACCACUACCACUACCACCACGACCGCUCGGCGCCAAAAGCCGCAAACGCGCUCGCACCACCGAAAAGUGCGCACCGGAUGCGACCAGUGCAAGAAGAGCAGGGUCAAGUGCGAUGAAGCGGAGCCGCGGUGCCAGCUGUGCGUGAGGAGAGAGCUGGAGUGCAGUAGGAACAAAGUGCCGCGAACGUGGCUGUUCGAGAGGGGACCGUCGGCGUCGACACCAUCGUCAUCGUCGAGGGUGAAAGAUGGGGGUCGUGGGGCUGGCGUUGUUGCGACGCAUGUAGGACUUGUUCAUCGGGUUGUUAAGACGGAGCCUGGAGUGGAGAAGAGCUUGCAGAUGAUUGAGCAGGCACCACCGGUGACGAUGAUGAAGGCGUCAUUGUUGUCAAGCAAAAGUAGUAUCGUGAGCGAUGAGGAGAAGGAGGUGGAAAUAGGGGAGGAUGAGCAUUGGAACGGGCCGGUGGUGGGAAGUCAUUGUUCGGAUGUUUACAAUAUGUUGACUGUCAACUCGUUGGCACCGGAGUCAUCGUAUCCAUCCGUGAGGUACCUGAAGAGCGUUUAUAAAUACGAUGCCUCGCGCAUUGCUAAUAUCUUCUCAUUCACAUUUCUUGUGUACGGACCCAAUUUUGUCUGGCGCCUACACACCGAUCACAAGGAACUCAACGACUUCACGCCACGCUUCGUGCACUACUGCCUCUGGGAGCCCGCACUCCUGGAGUCCAUCUUCUCUGCCGCCGAAAUGCAGAUGUCAACGAUAUCAGACGACUCGGAGAACCCGACGCAGAACGCAUUGCAGCACCACUGUCUCGCGCUCCGGCUCUUGCAAAACCGCGUGUCGUCCCCGGCCGCCGCGCACGACGACUCGCUGUUCUGGGCCAUAAUCGCCACGCUCGUCUUUAGCCAGGAGCAGGAGGACUGGGUGGGGUUCGAUGCGAACUGGAAGGGACUGAAGCUUCUGGUGGAUUUGAGAGGUGGAAGGGAAGUCUUGAACAGGGCGUGUUCGAGGCAAAGGAAGUUCUACGAUUGGGCCGAGUCGUUGCAGAGGUCGACAACGUCUCGCGCUUCGACCGAGUCGCCGUCGAAUACGUCUGAGAUGGCGUCUUCGCAUUUCCUACUACAAGACUGUGGUAGUACUGUGCCUCCUCGAAAUCUCGACGGUCCGUAUCCGCGAAUGACACUAGAAGAAUACAUGUCGUCGCCCUUUAUCCCGUCUGGUUUCCGUAAAGCAACGAUUGCCAGCGAGAGCACAUAUCCGCCGCCCCAUAUCCGCUGCCUAACCCUCCACCUGGUCCUUCGCACAACGCGCUGGUACCAAGGUUACCAGCCCGGCGAAUGCGACGAACUCGCCGGAGAAACCAUGCACGAUCUCCGUGUCCGCCUCGCCCAGGACCUACACUUCGCGAUGACAACGCUCGGGCUCCGGGUCACGGAAAGGCUGGUGUGUUUGGGGUUAUUUGUGCUAGUGAUUUCGCUUCCGCCGUCGUAUCUCGCGGAAGAUUUCCCGAUCACGCUGGCAGAUGUCAUCAGGCCUUUUGAAGAUAUGGGAUUCGGUCCAUCUCCUUCCUCGUCCUCGUCAUCUCCCUCUCCCUCUUCCUUUUCAUCUACCCCUGGCUCUUCUGCUGUCGGUGGUGAUGAUGACGAAGAGCAGAAUCGGGAGAUGAGGGAUGGAGUGGUGAGCACACCGCUCUUCUUGUGGAUUGCGCUGGUAGUGGCGUCGGUCAACGUAUGUUUUGGGCUGCGGCCUCGUUCGCGGUGGUUCCUUCUAGAUGCUUAUAUGAAGAGAAGAAUGGGGGAGGAGAAGUUGCAAUGGGGGGAUGUGAAAGGGGAGGUAGAUGGGUUUCUGUGUCCGGGUUUCUUGGUCGAACAAUGGGGGAAGUGUUGGAUGAUUGCGCAGAAGAGGGUUGCUGGUCGGAGGAGGAGAUGAUGCUUUGGAGGAAAUCCGUCGACGUGAUUAUGGGGGUCCUGUGAAUCAUUGGUGUGUUGAUUCCUUCUCCAUUUUCU